AUGGCGGCGUCCGCUGCUGUCCGGUCGAGCAUGGGGCUGACUUUCAAACUUUCUCGAGUUAUACCGGACUGUAGCACAUGUCCUCUCGGCAGGUUAAAGAGCUGUGUUAGCGGCGUGUCUAAUCCACAAAGGAGGGGUUCUUUUGAUAGCUUCCGGACCAUAAAUCGACACUUGCAGACGAGUAUAGGUCUCAACCACAGCGAGGAGGGGAGCUCCGGUGCGGAGGACGCAGAGGAUGUGGUGAAUGUGGUGUAUAUAGAUCGGUCUGGCCAGAGGAUCCCAGUUAAGGCCAAAGUGGGAGAUAAUGUCUUGUAUCUGGCUCACAAGCAUGGAAUUGACUUAGAAGGAGCUUGUGAGGCAUCACUGGCCUGCUCAACAUGUCAGGUCUACGUGAGUGAUGCCCAUUUUAACAAACUGCCAGAACCUGAGGAGAGGGAGGAUGACAUGCUGGACAUGGCGCCCAUGCUUCAGGAGAACUCCCGGCUGGGUUGCCAGAUCAUUCUCACUCCAGAGCUUGACGGCAUUGAGUUCACCUUGCCCAAAGUCACCAGGAACUUCUACGUGGAUGGGCAUGUCCCGAAACCUCACUGAGACGAGGCGCAGAGGAUGAAGAGGGGGAUUGGAGGAAAAUGAGAGGGUGUCUCUGCACUGCCCCUCCAAUGAGCGGAAGCGGCUACAAAGAGAUGCACGGCUAGGAUAGCAAAGUCCGUAGCAACUCCCAAGACGUCUUGCAGAUUGAGAAAUUCCACAGUUAACCAAUGACAGGACAAGCCUGCAAAGGAGAUUGGGCAGAGUCAGGCACAAUAUGAGCGAAGGUGAAAUUAAUGGUUACCUCCAAAAAACAAACAAAGAAACUGUGAUGGUUUAACUGACAAUGUAUUUAUUUAUGUGGAGGGUUCUCAGACCAGCACUUCCAUGCCAUUUAAUCUACAAGCUGUUCUUUGCUAAAACUAAGACAGUUUAAGAGACAUCUCAUGUUUGUUUUGUACAUCGCAGAGCAAGUUUUAACAAAGUUCAUCUUUGUGCCGUUAAAUGGACCAUUCCUUGUUACAGCUCACAUACGCACAAGUAUCACAAGACGAUGUUCUUAAGUCAUUUCAUCAUUGCCACUCUGAUUUACUUAUCAGACAUUGUAUGCAUAGUAUUUACUUUCAUUUGUAUGUACCAAGCUCAUUUGUAGGUGUUGUGAUGGCUUGUCAAAAAGUACCCACUGACUAUAGUUCACCUUAAAUCAUAAACCUCAAAAUAGUUUCCUUCUAGAUGGCACUGAAUUGAGAAACAGAGGAAGCAGCUCAAUAAUGAAGUGUAUUUGAAAGACACUUGCUUGCAGCUUAAAGAGGGAGCUCUUAAAUAAAUCGGAAUUUAGACGAUUGAAACUUAGAUUUUAUUCACUAUAAACAUUUGAAAACAUUUUCAGGUGAAUUGUGUUUCAAAUAUCAGAUGUGAAGUGCAUUUUAAAGUACUUCCUCUGCUGCCACUGGUUAAGACUUGAUUAGCUGAUAUGGUUCAGAUGUGCAUUGAUCCGGAGUAGGAUGGAGGUGGAGACGAGUGUCUUUUGAAGCUGGUGGGCUUCAUGUUACCAUGGAAUGAGUUCACCACAGCUGUAUCCUUUACUUGUUAAGUCUACUGUACUUGUCCAAUUUACGCACAAAUAUAAGUGAAUUGUGUAAUGUCUUACAAAUGACAAAUAUUUAAAGUUGUGCAAUAAAAUCAGU